CUCUUCGUGAGCGUGAUUUUCUUCCUCUCCGCAUUUCGCGCCUUUGCGGUUCAGUCGUGGGACGUUCCUUGCGUGCAUGGAUCGUGCACAUACGACAAGAUUCUGCCGGACGGGACGAAAGUCGCGACAUUGAAAAUUUGGGGCGCGUCUGACGCGAUCUCAGAUAUCACCCCGGUGGCGGGGUGGCAUAUCUUAGAUUGUAACCCGGACGAGACGAAGCAGGACAUUCUCCUCGUCUGCCUCGACGACAACGCGGAGUGCAAUCAUAUUAUCAACAGCGGUGCACAGGACAUCAUUGUUCGCUUGCCGCAAAGCUGCAAGAUGCCUUUCGCACGUGUCGUGCGAUGGUGGACGCCAGAAGACCAGUCUUUCCCGAUCUCAAUCGAGGGAAAUCUCGUCAUUGGGGCUGACAGACCCACAAUCUUCGCUUGCAGACUAGACACUGACUUCGCGAAAAUAGAUCCUGACAAGAAAGGCGUGGUCUCUUUUUUAGUCCAAGGCUCGUCCUCAGGCCUCGCACAAGAUAACUCCACUGUGACACAGAGCAGCAUGCACAACAUCAUGCUUUCUAAAAGGGAUCCUCACACCAUUGGCGAUUUUAUCUAUUCCAGAAAGCAUCAGCACCAUCGCCUCUCUUCCAACUCUACUACUAGAGCUUUCCAGUCUGCGUUGUUUAAUCCAAAUUUCAACAAGACAUUUGGAGGCCAGCUGCCGAUCGAUGUCGACAAGUCUUUCGAGAUUUUCAACCGCGAAAUCUCCUGCCCCGCAAACCAAUUUGUCCCAGCCGAUUUUACUGCAUCCGUGAAUGUCGGUGUGCAGGCGAAAGCACAUGCCCUUGUAGAUGUCAAGUUUGUCGCGGCAGGGACUAUAAGCCAUCCGAAAAUCUCCAACUUCGCUGUCAUUGCAGGACUUGACUUCGAUCUGGACAGCACUUUAGAUGUGUUCGCAGAUGUUGGCGGCGACUUUGACUCGGGCCCCAUCCCGCUGCUUGAGAUUGCGUUACCUGGCUUCGAAAUUCCUGGUCUCUUCACUGUUGGGCCUUCAUUGAAACUGAACGCACAGCUCACGGCCGGCUUCGAGCUUAGUCUUGACAUGAAAGUCGACCUGGCGUAUAGCAUCAAGAAUGGGGUCUUAGUUUUCCCGCCUGAUCAGGGCGACAGUCAUGGUGAUUUCUCGCCAGCAGACACCAAUUUCUCUCUGUCCACGAGCGAGACUCUGCAGGGUGACGUCAAGUUGGCGGCCCACAUCAUCCCAUCUCUCGAAUUCGGAGUUGGGUUCUUCCACGAUAUACUCUCAGCGACAGUUUUUCUCGACCUGGACACUUUCGCCGAGCUGGAACUCACGGGCACGGCGCAGGCCGACCAGGGACCAUCGCCGGCGACCGCCUCUGUGGAGGCCUGCGUCGAUCUGAGUACCGGGUUCGCUGUGAACGCGGGCGCGCGCGGCUCGUUCCCUGGCCUGUUUGACGACUCGACGCACGUGACGCUCUUC